UACUGGCAAUGCUUUGCACAAUUCUGGGCAGAAAAGGCCCCUGAACCAGCUCUGGGUCGCCUCCUAGCCGCCAGGAGCGGUCAUGGUGAUUUUGCCGAGCACCAUGAGCGCUUCAAACACGACAAUGCCCUGCUGACAUGCUCAUGUGGCCGCAGAAAGGAGCCCUCCCACUUCUAUUUCUGCCGAGACGGUCGCAAAGCAGCAGCACAUCCAUGGGGCCAACAACCAGUAGUGGACAUCCUCACCAAAAAAGGCCGGGUUCACCGCAUAUGCAGAUUGGCUGGGUAGAUCACAAUUCUAUACUGCCAUCUGUAAAUGCCAUUAGGAUGCUAAAUGCAUCAAAGCUGGGAAUCUCUAGGCUUACCCCCAGUUCCCUCCUCUCCUUCCCUCCUCUUUCCCCUCCUCUGUCCCCUCUUCCCCCUUCUCACCCCCCUCCUCCUUUCUUCUCUCUCACUUCUCCUGUUCUCGGUUUUUGUAUCAAGAAAACCCCAAGAUGCUCAGCUUGCUUUGAACAGCUGUGAAAACCCAAGCAGCUCCCCGCACGGGGGGCUACUUGUAUUUAGAUGAUAGAUGGUAGCUUAGCUAGGUGAACACACACACACACACACACGAGGCAAAAAAAUGAAGAGGAAAAAGGCGAUGGUCA